GGGCUGUUUCCAGUCUCACACAGUCUAACCCAACACCAUGGCUCUCUAUGAGUCUAAGACCGAGCUCUGGGACCUGGACAUCAAUGUGAUCCAGCCAGAGGGGAAAGGUCCAGAUCCAGCCACAGAUGGAAACAGCGGUACCAAGCCGUUCAGGGAUGUGUUCGAACGUUAUAUCCAGCCCUGUCUGGCAGAGCUGCUGGGUUCAUCUCUGUUUAUCUUUGUGGGGUGUCUGUCUGUGAUCGAGAACACGGAGGGCACCGGGAGGCUGCAGCCAGCCCUGGCACACGGCCUGGCCCUGGGCAUCGUCAUCGCCGUGCUGGGGGAGAUCAGUGGGGGGCACUUCAACCCAGCAGUGUCUGUGUCUGUGUUUCUGAUCGGGGGUCUCAACAUCAUACUGCUGGUCCCCUACAUACUGGCUCAGAUGUGUGGAGGGAUGAUAGGGGCAGGACUAGCCAAGGUGAUUUCCCCAUCCAUGAACUAUGCCAAAGUUUCAGGGGCAGCAUUCAACACAGUGCAGGCAGACACCCAGAUAGUACCAGCCACGGUGGCAGAGGUGAUCAUGACUCUGUUCCUGACGAUGGUGGUGUGUAUGGGGGCCGUGAAUGGACGCACCCGCAGCCUGUUGGCCCCUCUCUGCAUCGGGCUGACUGUGACCGCAGACAUCCUGGCUGGGGGAGCGGUGUCUGGGGCAUGUAUGAACCCAGCUCGUGCCUUUGGCCCGGCCGUGGUGGCCAACUACUGGAGCUACCACUGGAUCUACUGGGUGGGACCCAUGUCUGGAGCCCUGCUAACCGCCAGCUUCAUACGAUUACUGCUUGGGGAUGAGAAAACCAGAGUUCUCUUGAUGUGAUACAGAUGUAGGUUUCCAGUUCAAGUCCAUAAAAACGUCAAUUUCCAAAUGCACAUAAAUUCUAACAGUAUUUUUCUGUUACUAUUUCCAUGUCUCUUAGUUUAAAAUAAUCUUACCAAUGUAACUUUAUUCUAUACCGGUAUAUAUAGAUUAUCUAUUGUCCAUAAAUGUAAUGCAUUAUAUUCAAUGUCAUUUGUAUAAACUCAUUUCUGUGCAUUAAA